GCAUUGUGACACGUGUUUUUUUUGUCUAAAAUUGCUCACGUUAGCUACGAUUUAAACGCUAGCCGUGUUAUGAUUGUAACAUUUGGUAUCACAGCGAGCGGAAACUAUAUUUUCCUAACUAUCCGUCGCUGAUUCAUGAUUCAAUAGUGACGACAUCAACAUCAUUUUCGAAUAUACUGUUUUAAUACGAACAUGUUGUUAUAUACCUACACAACAUUUUCAACUAAAAAUAAACGAAUUAUUGUAUCUCACGUCUGAUUCCCGGCAUGUAUUUUGUACCCGAGUUUUUAACAAAGCUACAGAGAAAAUCCGACAUUGUCAGCCAUUAAACUUUGUAUCAAUGUUGAUUUGAUUGCGCUCAGAACAGUUUGUUGUCAGCUAUAAUGAAUAGCCAUUUCUCCGUUUUGUUGACUUGAAAGAACUACCAAAUCCACUACUGUGACAACAUAAAGUGUAGGUACCUAAGGAAAGAGUUAUCAUUCGAGCGCCACACUCGCAAUAAUCGCAAUAAAGAUACAAUUUAUCACACAGGAAGUUGCUUAGUUGCUUUCUGCUACAUUCACUUCAAAAUAAAGAAUCCCUCAAGAUACAAAAUGUGUACAGAUCUGUUCGUGACGUUUCCUGCGGUGACGAAGUUCUUGUUAUUCUUCUCUUUGCGAACGGGAUGCAUUGUGAAUCUCUUAUAUACUUCCGCCCGUACGUCUCUCUUUAUACUAUUCACAGUAAUAGCCAUGUUAGAGACUCUGGUCUCUCCAUCAUCAGCAAUGGGAAGAAUAGUGGCAAAUUCUACGACGUCCCUCGAUCCUGCCACUGUUUAUUGCCUGUUCUUCAGCUAUCAAGUUUUAAUAAUUGCUGAGUCCUUUCUGCUUAUAUUUUGCAUGCAUUUAACUUUGGCCAUAUUGUAUAACAAAUUGUACCACUACGAGUAUUUUAUAACUUGUCGAACAUCCACGUGGUUGGUUGAAACCAGUUGCUUGAUAAUCCUCUGUGUACAACACAGGCCUUUGCUCGGCUGGUAUCUCCUUAUGCUGCUGUCAGUCAUAAUUGAAUUGUACUUUUGUAUGGUGGUACUUAGUCAGUAUAAAAUAAAAUUAUUAGAAGAGCACCUACGGAAGAAACCCAUUGACAGAAAAGCUAUCACAGAAAAAUUUUUAAGUCUUGUGUACUGACAUCUGGAGACUAAACGCGACAACAAAUAAGGGCAACACGGAUUGAAUCACAUCGUGGACAGCCGCUCCCUUUAUGUACGUGUUCUCAUCUCAAGAACUCUGAAGUAGAGAUUUUAUUUGUUUAUCAAGCUUAGGUGAGAAAACCGGCCCACUACAAUUUCUACUUGUGCUUAAUUCUUGUAUUGUAUGAUUUUUAAAUGUUAUAUUUUGUAUUUUUUUAUGUAAGUUUAUUUUUUAAUUUGUGUUUUUACUAUUUAUAACAUACUUUGUGCUUUUUGUGUUAGUACAC